ACCCCAUCAUUCCCUACGCCCUCCUCCACCACCACCACCACCAGGUUCACCACCCCAUCAUGAUCCCGCACCUCCCUCCUCCGCCGCUGCCGCAGUUCUCCCCUCCCGGCGGCGCGGACGACGGCGGCGAUGAUUUUCCGAGGAGGGACGAGAGGGUACCGCAGUGGAGCAACCAGGAAACAAGGGAGUUCAUCGAAAUUAGGGCUCAGCUCGAAUGGGAUUUUAUUACAGCAAAGAGGAACAAGAAUUUGUGGGAAGCGGUGGCGAAUCGAAUGAGGGAGAAGGGCUACCGGAGAACCGCCGAUCAGUGCAAAUGCAAGUGGAAAAACCUCGUCAACAGAUAUAAGGGGCAAGAAGCAUCCGAUGUGGAAAACGGUCGACAAUGUCCAUUCUUCAACGAGCUGCACACAGUGUUCACAGCAAGGGCCAAUCAAAUGCCGCCACAUGUCGACACUGAGAGUACCGGUAUUUCCAAAGGAAAGAAGCGCCUCAUAAAUAUCUCCGAAGAUCAAUCCCAUCAUGAAGAAUUCUCCGAAGACGAGACGACGGUUCCGAAGAGAAAACCCGGUAGGGAAAAGAAGCAACAAAAAAUAGCCGGAAAAAAGGAAAUUUAUUCGAACAAAAACGAAAGCAUUCUCAACGGUCUUCGAGAAACAAUGAGGGGUUUCAUGGCGCAGCAGCAGAGGAUCGAUGUGCAGUGGAAGGAUACGGUGAAGAAGCGGGCCCACCAAAGGGAUAUAUUCGAGCAGGAGUGGCGGCAGACGAUGGAGAGGCUCGAGCGGGAGAGGCUGUUGAUGGAGAGGGCCUGGCGGGAGAGGGAGGAGCAGCGGCGGUCGAGGGAGGAGAAUCGGGCGGUGAAGAGGGACGCCCUGUUGACUACGCUUCUUAACAAACUUCUUCGUGACGAAAUUAGCGAAUUUAUUGCAGUCGAAACUAAUUUUUUUAUACAUACAUAGGUUU